CGUUUUUUAUCCUUCAAGUGAGUACAACUGAAGAGCAAAAUCUCAUAAAGAAGAAAAUCUUUAACUCGAAUAAGUGCAAGCCAUGGCGCACCUGUACCCGCCCCUGGACGGGGUCUUCAGGAAAGAGAACGUGUGCCCGAUCUGCACGAUGGAGAUGGAGUUCGGCACCAAGUACAUGUGCAGCAACAGCCACGUGAUAUGUCGCCGAUGCAAGCCAUAUUACCACUCCUGCCCGAUCUGUCGAUCCCCCCUGGACGUAGAAAUCCCACCCCCAGAAUUGUCCCCCCAUCAAGGUCCACCUGCGAUGCACUGCAUGCCACAUCCCAUGGUGCCCCCCUACGAUGCACCAAGUGCACCUCCUCCGGAAGGAUCCUUUCUGCACCAGGAAAGGGUUGCUUGGGAACCUCCAAGUCCUUCCCCAGACCAGGAGCUCCUCACCUGCAGGUACGCUCACCUAGGCUGCAGAAUCAACGUGCCCAGGUACCUGCAGGAGCUACACGAGGCCAGGUGCCCAUGUCGACCACCCCCUGAAGAGGACCAGGAAGUCAGUCUUCGCGUUGACGAGGACCUGCCUUCCUGUAGGUACAGAAACGUGGGAUGCAACGUCAGGAUGCCCAGCUGGAAGAUCGGCUCCCAUGAGCGAAUCUGCAUUUAUAAGGACAGGUGCAAGCAGUCAGGUGACUCCGACGAGGAGUAUGGGGAUGGAGACCAACUCGUGUCCUGCAGGUUCAGGAGACACGGAUGUGCCGUCAGGAUGCCCAGAAGAAGGAAGUCCACCCACGAGAUGAAGUGCAACUACAGCAAGUACUAUCAGUCUGACGAGGAGAACGAGAGUGGGGGGGAGGAGUCUUAUCGCGACCCUGAUGAACAGGUGGAAUGUAGGUGGGCCGAUAGAGGGUGCAGAGUGAGACCAAAAUUCGGCAAAAAGGAGACCCACGAAGAACGCUGCAACUACAGGAUGGAGGAAUGUCCUUACAAGAGCUACGGGUGUGAUGCGCUUUUCGAGCCCUCCAGAAAAUUUGUCCACCUAAAAUCCUGCGAAUUCGCCGGCUAAUAUGAAGAUUAACAAUUUGUACACGGAGCCAUUCGGACAUAUGGGCGAAAUUCGUCUGACCGUGCAGGCGAUAUUCGACCAAACGUCGCGCGCCCUUAGGCGCUCUUAGUAGCCAAAGGAUUAAAAAAAAAGUGUCUUAUUCAGAUCGACUGAUUUGAGGGGAGUUUCACUUCACCUUAACAGUUCAUACAGUUGGAUAGGUCAGGCAGAUUGUGACAGUUCGAUCCAAUACCCUUAACCCUUUGCACACGGAGCCAAUUCGACAUAUGGGCGAAAUUCGUCUGACCGUGCAGGCGAUAUUGGA